UUUAUGAAUGUAGGUUGACCCUCCCGCCAAUGUCUCUGGCAUGACCCAAUUUAUUAUAAAUAAGACCAAUCCUUUCACCUCCAUUCCCAUACAACUUAGUUGAAUCAUCAACCCAGUCAUUACUACUACAACCACUCCAAAAUGUCCUUUGUCGAUUCCGCCCAGAACUACCGCCUUGAAGGCUCUGAACUAGUUGCUGACGUCUGCCGCGUGGACGGUAGCUGGGUUGAGAGCAGGCUCGAUCUCAACAACCACGUCGGCAACAAUGAGGGAGUUUUUGAAAUCGGAGGCACGGGCGUCUAUGGCUCCGCUGACGGAGCCUCGUGGAGACUUGAUGGCACUACCAUCAUCACUCUGCUGUACUUGCCUGAUGGAAGCUUUGGAGAGGAGCAGUUUCUCGACUUGAACGACUAUGUAUCGAACGAGGAUGGCGUUCUCGUCUUCAACUAUUAAAAUGGUUUACGAUUAUAUAACGACUCUGAAAAAACAUAAUAUCUAUUUGUUAGGAGGUAACUCCUAAAGGCGCAACAAAGGAGAUUGAUACAGCAUAUGAGAAAUUCUGGUGUUGAUAGAUCAAUGCUUUACCAUUGCUAGCAACUUUCUUCCGCCUUUUACCUACAUUGGUAAAUACUAGCAGAAUAGACAUUAUGAAGACAAAUUCAUUCAACUUUUACUAUU